ACACAAAUAAAAAAACAAAAAAAAAAACACUCGUGGAAAAUCUUCCUUUCGCAAAAGAAAGGUUUGCCGAUUUUUCAAAGAUUUCUAUUGAAUUACCCCGAUUUAAGAAAAACUAACAAAAAAAUUCUAAAAUAUGGGAGACUAUGAAGAAGAUUGGGACAACGAUAAUGGACAAUCGUCAUCUAGAACUUAUUCUACACCAGCUUACAAUAGCGCUCCUCAACAGCGUUCAAGCCAAAACGGUACUCGGCGUGAUGGAGGCGGUGGCGGUGGCUACAGGGACGAUUAUCGUCCUUCAAAUGAUUAUCAACGUCGUGAUCGUGACCGAGACGAUGACCGUGGUGGCUAUCGUGGUGGAAACAGCGACUACUCGGAUCGCAGAAAGGAUAGAAACGAUAGAGGAGGAGACCGCAAUGACAGAGGAGGUGGUCGAGAUAGGAAUGACCGAUAUGAAAGGAGCGACAGAAAUGAUCGCUAUGAAAGGAGCGACAGGAAUGACCGCGGCGGCGACAGGGACUACAACCAAGGUCGUUCAUCGGCACAAUGUUCCGAGAACAUAUCGAUUAAUUCUGGUGACAUUGGAGCUAUUAUUGGACGCGCUGGAGCCAAUAUCAAGCGCAUUCAAUCUGACUUCUCUGUUCGUGUUAAUGUGGAUAGAAAUUCCAACACAUGCACUGUUUCUGGAGAUAGCCAGUCUUCCGUUGAUGACGCUGUAAAGUUCAUCAAUAAACAGCUUGACGGGCCGUCAGAAAGUUCCGGUGGUGGUGGAGGCGGAGGUGGCGGCGGGGGAUAUAGACGACCUGAAAAGAUUGAAUUUGUAUCUGGUUAUGGUGUUCCAGAUGCAGUCGAUGACUCUCCAGUCACCAUUGAUUGGGAUCAGUUAAACAAAAAUGCGGAAGUAGAACGUGCCAAACGUUGGGCUAAAUGUCCAGAACUUAUCAAACAGUUCUAUGAAGAAGCCCCUGAAGUUGCUAAUUGCUCUCCUGAAGAUGUUGCUCGUAUCAGGUCCGAAAAUAACAACAUAGCAGUUGACAGAUUAUUCAAGGAGAAUGCCGAUUCAUCCGAUCCCAUUCCGAAUCCGGUGUGGAAGUUCGAACAAUGUUUUGGCAAGUAUCCUGAUUUACUUGAAGAAAUUCGCAAGCAGGGUUUCGAAAAACCCUCACCUAUUCAAUCGCAAGCUUGGCCGGUUUUGCUUCGAGGUGAAGAUAUGAUUGGUAUUGCCCAAACCGGAACAGGCAAAACUUUGGCUUUUCUAUUGCCUGCUAUGAUACAUACAGAAUAUCAGCCGAUACCAAGGUCGGAACGUGGAGGACCAAAUGUCCUUGUUUUGGCUCCAACUCGAGAAUUGGCUCUUCAAAUUGAAAAGGAAGUUGGAAAGUAUUCUUUCCGUGGCAUGAAAGCGGUAUGUGUAUAUGGCGGCGGAGAUCGUCGUGCACAAAUCGGAAAUAUUGAAUCAGGUGUUGAAAUUAUUAUUGCAACCCCUGGUCGUUUGAAUGACUUGGUUACAGCCAAUGUGAUCAAUAUAAACAGUAUUACAUUCCUGAUUUUGGACGAAGCCGAUCGCAUGCUGGACAUGGGCUUCGAACCCCAAAUUCGUAAAGUUCUCCUAGAUAUCCGUCCGGAUAGGCAGACUGUGAUGACAAGUGCUACUUGGCCACCCGGUGUUCGCCGUCUGGCACAAAGUUACAUGAAAAAUCCAAUUCAAGUUUGCGUUGGCACUUUGGACUUGGCAGCCGUGCAUUCGGUGAGCCAAGUGAUUGAGAUCAUGGACGAAGAUGACAAGAGUUAUAGGAUUCGCGAAUUUAUUAGAUCAAUGCAACCCCAUGACAAGGCAAUUAUAUUUUGCGGCAAAAAAGUUCGUGCAGAUGAUUUGUCCAGCGAUCUAUCGUUGGAAGGUGUUAUGUGUCAAUGCAUUCAUGGAUCUCGAGAUCAAGCUGACAGAGAGCAAGCUAUCAAAGAUAUUUCUUCGGGAGAAGUUAAGAUACUAAUUGCAACAGAUGUGGCAUCCCGAGGAUUAGAUAUCGAAGAUAUAUCAUAUGUGGUAAACUUUGAUUUCCCGCGUAAUAUUGAAGAAUAUGUCCAUCGCGUAGGACGUACAGGUCGAGCUGGUCGAUCUGGUACUUCUCUUAGUUUCCUUACGCGAUCAGAUUGGGGAUCAGCAAAGGAACUGAUCGACAUACUUGAAGAAGCCGAACAGGAGGUGCCUGAUGAGCUGAGAGAAAUGGCUAAACGGUUCCAAGUUAUGAAGGAGAAACGUGCAAAUGAAAUGGAAUCAUUUGGUGGCCGUAGUGGUGGUGGCAGAGGCGGCGGUGGUGGUCGAUAUGGAGGUGGUGGCGGUGGAUAUGGUGGCGGAGGUGGUGGCCGUGGAGGAGGCGGAAGAAAUAGGUAUUAAGAACUUUUCGAAUCUGGAUUUUUUUUUGUUAGAGAGACACAAGCGAUGAAUUCAUAUAAUUUGCCCUUAUUUUUCUAUUACUUACUAUACCUAAUAUUAUUAAAUAGGUUUUAUCCAUGAAGUUAUUAAAAGUUACAUAUUGAUUGUA